GCGGGGCUGGGGGGGUGGCGGGCAACGAUUUCCCAGGAGGAGGAGGAGGGGAGAGAGAGAGAAAAGCGCCCCUCGGUGUUGGGGAAAGGUAAGCUCGGCCCUUCCCCAGGGGGCUUCCCGGAGCGGCUGGAGGCCUUCCGCCAGGAAGUCGAGGCAGGCCCGGCCCAGGUAGCGCUAGGGGUGACACUUUCCCCCACCUUGGAUGCUUCGUUCCCUCUCCUCCUCCGCUUGGGCAGCGUUCCCACCCCCGGUUUUUGGGAGGGGGGAACUCUUCCAUCGCUGCCCGUCUUUUCGCCACCCACCCCUCGAAGAUCCCUCUGGGCAGGAGAUCGGAGGCCAGGCCAACUCCGAAAGGGCUGGGCCGGCGAAAGUUUGACAUUUGCACCGCCGAGGGCUGCCGGCGCUGCGGAUCCAGCACAGGGCCUUCUGUCAUGGAGGAAGCAGCUCCAUAGAUCCUCAGUGAUUCCAUAAGAAGGCAAAGCAAAAGGUCUUUUAGGGGUGGUGAGUCAUGCUGGGAAAGAAACGAGGACAUUGCCAAAACCAAAGCCACCCCCAUCGGCCCCCUCAAGAUGUUGCCGUCCCACAGAGGAUCGGUUCUCCUAAGACAAAUGAUAUUAGCCUGGAAGUAUUUAACAGCUCUACCCCGGAGCUUAAACACAUCCGCAGGCCCAGGCGGGAUAGAAGAGCCUACAAAACAGAUUCCAACAAUUCCCACGGAGGGGAAGGUGAGACCAACACCUUCAUCCCUAGACCUGCAGAGAGCCCUCCGCCUUCCUGCUGUCCCAGUCUUUCCCAGGUCUGGAACGCCUCCAGAGCCAUCUUCUGCUAUGUGAUCACCUGUGGGAGCUGCUUCAAGGACUGCCGAGCCAGUAUCUCCUACAACAGUGCCUUGACAGAGGAUGGGAAGAACCAGGAGUGCAACGGACAUUCAACUAACAGUCCGGCCAACAUUUCCCCCAAUGAAAAGAACGGGAGCCGGACUGAGAAGAGUAACAUGGGAAGCAGUUUCAGCUACCCUGAUGUGAAAUUCAAAGGGAUCCCAGUCCCGCUUUAUCCAAACCGGAACCCUGGCUCUGCCACAGACUCUGAUUCGUGUUACAAGGAGCCUUUGCCCGAGAGGUUCUCUCAACACACCAUUGAGAAGCAGCCUGCCCCUACCAGCCACCGAAGCUCUGAGGAACAUUAUUCCUUCCACGAGUCCGACCUUGAGUUUGGGGAGCUGAACAGCUCCAUGUCCAGUAGGGAGAUCGACGGCCUCAUCUUCAGGAAGCUCACCGAGCUUUUCAGCGUCCACCAGAUCGACGAGUUGGCCAAGUGCACCUCUGACACGGCCUUCCUGGAGAAGACCAACAAGAUCUCGGACCUCAUCAAUAGCAUCACUCAGGACUACAAUUUGGAUGAGCAGGAUGCCGAAUGUAGGCUGGUCCGGGGCAUCAUACGCAUCAGCACGCGGAAAAGCAGGGUCCGGCCCCGUGUCCCUGCCCCAAAUCUCCCAAGUUCAGGGGAGGUCACCAUCCGAGGCCACCCACUACACAGCGGCAAUGAAACUAUGCUGGCAUCUGUCCUCACCAGUGAAGAAGAUUUACCUGUUCAGAUAUCGGUAGAAACUACAGCAGAUAUGCAAGCCAGAAAUAUGAGGCAAGGUCCCUACAACACAGCCGGACUCCCAUUAAGUAGAGGGUCUUCUUUCCAAGAUACAGAGACAGACUCCUCCGGAGCCCCUCUGCUUAAAAUGCAUUGCUGAGAAACGUAGACCUGGCAAAUCCGCAGAAGCAGUGAGGCCUUUAAGUGUGCCUCACGAGAGACCAGUUCAGAAGCGAUGGACGAUGGAGUCAGAUGCAAGCCAUCCCACAACUGUGCCAUCCAAGGAAUCCUUGAUUUCUCUUGCCAUUUUUCCAAGGUUGAUCCUGCUGUAGACUUGCUUUUUUUAAGAUGACCAUUGGUGCUUUUUUGACCAUUUCCUUGGCGAUGUUGAUCUCUUGCUUCAGAAGGGAACAGAAAUGAUGUAGCAGUUACAGCUUUUUGCACAUAUCCUUUCCUUUAACCAUUCUAGCUCUCCCCUUACCCUUGUCAAAUUAAAACCGACCUCUGCAUUUCCCUUUCCAGAAUAAAAGAGAUCUUCUGCCUGUCGGGCUUAUUCAUCCAACAGGCUUAUCUGUUACUGACUUGACAUUCAUUUUCUCGUUUGGAAUUCAGAGGUGGCGCAGUGGUUAAAUGCAGCACUGCAGGCUAUUUCAGCUGACUGCAGUUCUGCAGUUCGGCUGUUCAA